CUGUCCGGUUCAGUCAGUCUGCGGAGUACAGAAGGAAGUCGGGGCAGUAAAUACGUGUCAGGGUCUGUAUCUCCACACGGUUUCCCGGAGAAAGCGCACCGGACUUUCAGCGUCGUCUUCCGCAGCCGAGCCGGUCAGGCUGUCAGUCGCGUGCCGUGAAGCGCACACACACACACACACACACUUUAGACAAUGGUGGACUCCACGCUGGUUCAAGUGGGCAAGAAUCUGAGUGAAGCCAUGAGAAUACUGGGAGACGGACAUAGAGAGCUGGAGGCAGGAACGGAGAGGCGGCACCUCAGCAGAACCAGCAUCCCUGGGCCCUUGCAGGGAGAUGGUCAGGAUGUUGCCACUAUACUGCACCUUGUUCACAACCUUAUAAAUGAAGAGGAGGAGGAAGAGGACAAGCCCAGCCGACACAGGAUGCAGAAUGUGGGUGAACAGGGUCACAUGGCCUUGCUGGGUCACAGCCUGGCAGCCUACAUCUCGGUGCUGGACAGAGAACGACUGCGGAAGCUGACCACUCGGAUCCUGUCCGACACCACACUGUGGCUCUGCAGACUAUUCAGGUAUGAGAACAGUUCAGCCUACUUCCAUGAGGAUGACAGGGAUGGCCUCGUCAAAGUGUGCCGGCUGGUCAUUAAUGCCCGUUAUGAAGAAUAUGCCUCUGAGGGCUACACAGUCCUCAGCUCCAAACAGCCAGUCAUUUACCAGAGCGCCUCCGGCAGGCCUGGUCUGGGGCAGCAUCUGUGCAGCCAGCUUGGCCUGCCUCUCUCUAGCCUGUGCACAGUCCCAUGCAACACCAUCUUUGGAUCCCAACACCAAAUGGAUGUUGCACUGUUGGACAAACUAAUCAAAGAGGACGUAGAAGCUGGGAAGCUGCCUUUGCUGUUGAUUGCCAACGCAGGUACCCCUGGGGCAGGACAUACAGACAAGUUGGGUCGUUUGAAGGACCUGUGUGAUCAGUACAGUAUGUGGCUCCAUGUGGAGGGGGUCAACCUGGCAACCCUGGCACUGGGUCAGGUCACCUCUGCCAUCAUGGCAGCCAACAGAAGUGACAGUAUGACACUGACCCCAGGUCAGUGGUUGGGACUUCCUGCUGUAUCCGCUGUCACCCUUUACAGGCACGAGGACCCAGCACUGUCUCUUGCAGCAGGUUUGACCUCUAGCCAGCCGGUGGCGAAGCUGCGAGCACUGCCUCUCUGGCUCUCCCUGCAGUACCUCGGCCACAAUGGGAUUGUCCAAAAGAUCAGACAUGCCACUGCUCUGAGCCAACAACUCCUGCAGAAGCUAAAAACUCUGGCUUCCAUCAAAACAUCGGUGGAGGAUGAAGUCAGCUCUCCUGUGGUGCUAUUCAAGUUUUCCCAGGAAAUGAGUGCUGCAUCCAGUGGUGGUUCAGUGGAAGGUUACUGUGCAGGGGAGAAAGAGGUGCUUGAUGCCUUCAACAGAUGGCUGGGUGAACAGCUCGUCCAGCUUGUUCCCACCAGUGGGGUAGAUGUGGUGGAUCUUGAAGACGAGGGUACAUGUGUUCGCUUCAGCCCGCUCAUGACUGCUUCAGUUCUGGGGACCCAGCAGGGGGACAUUGAGGACCUGGUAGAGAAGCUGUCAGAGCUGAUGCCUGUGAUGAACUCCACAAUGUGCCUCAGACAGGACUUUAGAGAGGAAACCCACCGACACUCACCCUCGCUCAUAUACAUAGAGGAUCUCAGCUGGCCUGGCCUGGGUGCUGUCCGGUACGAGCCUCAGGCUGAAGGAAUGGAUGAGAGCAGGAGGAAGCAGGAGAUGGAGAAAAUUAACACUGAGCUGCUGAAGAAACUGCAAGACCUUGACACUGACAUCAUCUUCUCCACUGGCCCUGAGUUUGGGACAGAGGAGGACUGUAUCUUUGUUGGCAUGGUCACUGAGGACGUGGACGUUUCAGAGCUGGUGGAUACUAUGGCUGCCCUCGGGAGGGACAUCGAGGAGAGCGGAAGGCUUUUGGAGAACAUGACAGAGGUGGUGAGGAAAGGCAUCCUGGAGGCAGAGCUGCAGCUGCAGAAGGCCAAUGAGGAGAAGCUCAUGGAAGAGGGGCUGAUGAGACAGCUUCCUCUGGUCGGCUCUGUCUUAAACUGGUUCUCCCCAUUUCAAAGUUCCAUAAAGGGCAGGACCUUCAACCUGGCUGCAGGUUCCCUGGACUCUACAGAGGUGACAUACUCUACAAAGGCCCAGGCAGGCAGGCCGUCCCUGCAAGACACUCCCACCUCCUCAUCAAAGAGACUGCCAGGUCAGAGGUUAUUCCGGCGCUCAGGGCCAGGCUCAGACUCCUUCAGUGAAACCAGUUCCAUCGGACAAGCUGAGGAGAUAACCAGGGAGGGGAGCACCACUCUGAGCAGUAGCAUCCAUCCACCCGCCUCUCCACCUGCACCUGAGGAGGACUCACACUCUGCAAGUGAUAUCGCACCAGAGAAAAUCCCAGAGUCUUCUGUGGAGGUGCACACACAGGUGGAGGCUGAAGCGGCCUCUGAGCAGAGGCAACCUGAAGGCCAAGAAGUGGAGCAGAGUGAGAGAUAGGAUGGGAUUCUUUGCAGCUGUCCUCCAGCCGUCCUCUAAAUGGUACCAGCCUAACUAACAGAUGUUAAGGCGUUAUUACAUUGUGAAUCUAACUCUUCCACUUUUGAAGGGAAACCCGAUGGAGUUAGAUUGGGCUGUUUGUCUGUGUCCCAUUUUUUUCAGGGCAGGAAGGCUGUCGAAGUUCAUGGAAAAAUCCACACCUGGAUACUCUUACACUGUGAUGCUCAGUUCAGUGCAUUCUAGUUAUUUAGUUAUUAAGGUUUCUAAUAUGCUAUUUCUCCACAGAGAGCAUUCUGAGAAAUGUGUUUUCACACAAUUCUCAGAAUGCCUUUUAACCACUUCCAAAAAGGACACGAAAGAGUUGCUUCCCUUGAAAGGUGUAUUGGCAUGCAUACAACUUUAUUAUUGUGUGUUAGUGAAAUGAGCAGUCGAGGGGGAAAUUGUAUUAUGGGCUGUUAAGGCUACUGUAAAGGGAGAAAUGAGUAAACCUGCCUCUCCUGUGCUGAAUGUCCCCCUGUAUGUUGCCUGUGCAUCAGUGUCUUUUUUUUGUUGUGUCAUUUCUAAUUGGCCAUGUAUGCACAGAGAUAACAAGAAUACACUGAACAGCAGAAGAAGUGUUUUGGGGGGGAUUGUUCCUUUGAAGGUGGGAUGGAACAGAGCUGACAUACAGGCCAGCUGUAUGUUGCUUUUUGCAAUGAUCUCUCUGUCAGUUGAUGACUUUGAGAUUAGAGAGCAGAGGACUAGUCAUAUUGCACACAGAAUUUCUUUAGCUUUAAAGAGAAAUAUGAUUGGUUCAGGAGUCUCCAUUUAAUACUCCACUCACUCAACUGGAAAUGAAGCAGUUCAAUAUUAAAGGAAUGAGUGUCACUGCAAUUAAAGUAUAGAUUCCUCACUGUAAAUAGUCUACACAAAUGAUAUAUAGCUAACAAUCCAAAUGCUAACUAUAAUUAUUUCUAACAUAAUAAAUCGCUAUAGAAGGAGUAGAGUAUCACACUCUAUUUAAAUAUGUCUACUGAUAAGAGCCAUCUGCUUAUGAGCUUCAAACACUCCCUUCAUGUGUGCACUCCCCACAAUCACAGCAAUUACUGCUGGAGAGAAAAGAAAUCUUCAAUAAAGUCUGAAGAUUUUGAGAAAAAAAUUGCAAUGAUAUAAAAAUAACAUAUCUUCAAGUAUUUCCAUGAGAAAAAGUCACAAUAUCACAAGAAUAAAGUUGUCAUUAAUACAAAAAUGAAGUCCACAUGGGAAAGUUGCUAAUGCUAAUUUAAGAUAAAGUUAUAAUUCUUUGAAGAAAAAGUUACUUUUAAGUCAUGAUCCCUGAGAUAAAGUUGGGGUUUUAUGAGAAGAUUACAAGAUAAAACUGUAAUUGUACAAGAGGAAGUCCUGUUAUGACAUUAAGUCAUAAUUUUGCAAGAAUAAGUCAUGAUAUUACAAAAAUAAAGUCAUAGUUUGAAAACUUGAUUUUUAUAUUUCAAGAACAGCAAAAUGCUGUUGUUGGUUUGGGUCAAGUUGAUCACAUGUGGAUCUAGUACCCCUACCUGACUUUACACAUACAGUAUACAGCUACUAUUUUCCCUUUCAAAAGACCUACAGCUACGGUGUGUAUGUCCUAACUACGUCAUGUCCUCCGUCCCUCUGCUUGACUGAAUUCCACUUUAACAUUCACCCAGUGCUGCAUAUGUCGUCACACAGACACCUUCAGUUCAUCUCGGUGUCCUUAAAUAUGUAAUAAGGUGCUUAUUAGUGAAACAUAAAAACUCCUAAUUUUGGCAGGAAAGAUGUCAGACUGUUCUCUGCACUACUCUCUACAGCAGAGUAUUCAAAUAUACAUUUAUGUCAUUACCUUACAAAUCCAAUUUUUUCUCAUAAAAUUGUGACUUUAUUUUCAUAAUGUUCAGAUUUCUUUUUAAAUUAGGACUCUUUUUCCAAAUAUACUUCAUUCUCAACUCUUAAAGUUCUUUUAUAACAGUCACCCUAUUGUAAACUCCACAUUUGUGAAUCAAAGUGAGAUUUAGAAUAAUGAUAAUUUGUAAUUGCGCAUGCAAUUAUUGCCAGAGUAAUGUUCAUUUUUUGAUCUCUAUGUCAGUUUAUUUUUGCCAAUAAUGCAACGUGAGCAAAAAGUGGCCUUCUGUCACAGAGGAGGGCUCAUCUACAGGUAUUUACUCUAUGAGGAAUAUUUCUUUUCUUUGACAAAAACAUCCUGCCAGACCUGAGUCAAAGUGCUUUCUGUCCUGGAUUACCGUUAAAACAUUAUCCAAGUGCCAUGUGAAAGGGCCAAGUAGAUGUUUGGGUUUAUUUUUUGUUUGCUUAUUUGUUUCUUUUGUUUGUCUUUUUUUUUGUGGGUAGACAAUUGAGUUGAUUCUGCUAGGCUUGGAAAUUCACCCACCCUCCCAAACAUGCUAGCUUUUUUUCCCCUUCCCUUUGAUUUGUGUUGGUCUAAAUAAUCACUGAUAGCACAGGCUAACAAUUAUGAGCAUGUUGUAUGCACUUUAUUAAUGUUUCUGUCAAUGGGUUCUGUGUGUAGAAGUUCACAACAUUCAGUGUCUGUAUGUCAGACAUUUUCAGGGUAGACUGCAAAGACCCCAGUACACUGUGUGUGUCCGGCCAUCCCAAAUGAAAGUCAGUCAAUCAUGACAGAAAUGUAGCGAAAUCAGCGGUCGUCAGUCCCAAACUGUGUUCGUAGAUUUCACUGUGGGUCACGUCCACUGAAGCUGAUUUAGAGCUUUGGAGACCAAAACAGCCAGAGUAAAUAUCCUGACAGGGUCAGAAAUUUAGGAGUACUUUCUCACAGUGUGACUGCCAGCACAACCCAAAUCUACAAACCAACCAAUUAGAAUACAACUUGAAGUGACACAGAAAACCUCGUCCAACAUGACAUUGGAACUGCUAACCCUCUGAUGACAGAUAUAGAUACAGAUACAGCCUGGCACAGGUUGAACAAGUGACCAACAUUGUGCUAGACUGCCUUACACAGUGUGACAAGUAACAAACCUGGGACAUCCCGCUAUCACACCUUGUCUUGGGGCCUCAAUGCAUCACUGAAAGUGUUGGAACUUUAUUUUGGCCAAGAAAACUUGAGAAUAACAGGAAAUUGAAGUGUAUCCUAAAUGCAUAUUUAAUAGGAAACUUCUCUGAACAUGCAAACAUCUGUCGUCUGACAUUUAGCGUUUGGUUGCAAAUUUAGACAACACGAAGGACAGCUCCUCAGCAGUGAGGGAUUGUCACUGUUUUAUAUGCCUUUUGGAACUGAGUGGGAGUGAAUGAGCCUCAGUAAGUCUGGCAGAGUGGUUUCGAAUUUGCUUCCAUAGAGGUGCCUGAUUGUACAAAAUGUCUAAGAAUGAAAGCCCAGAACACAAAUUUGGCUGGAGUUGUCCGUCAGUACAUUGAGCCACUGGAGGAACAUUUACUGUAAACAGCUGUGAAACGUGGAUUAAGUCCAGUGGUUUGAUAAGGAAUUAACCCAGUGAGAAAGAAGAUUAUGAAAGAAUCUAUUUUAGCUUUAUUGCACUUGUUCUGUUGAUGAUUCUAUACUACUGUUCUUUAUUUAAUUUCUUCUAUGGUGUAAAUGAAGUAGAAUCUUCUUAUGAUUAUUUCUGUUAUGUGAUUAUAAUGCAAAGCUAAAUCAAUAACUUUAUAACCUUCCAAGAACAUGUUUGAUGAAAACCUUUGAUUUGAUAUAAUGAAAUGUCCUGGACCAUC